CAGCAGCUGAGCAGCGAAAGCUGUGCAUGCUCUUAGCUAGAAAACGUUCAUUUUCUGCACAUUUCAGCGGCUAUUCCUGCCAAAUAAAUAGACUGUUUUGAGGCAUACGAGACUAUCUUUCAUUCAGGGUGAUUCAAUGAUUAAUGCGAGGAACUGAUGUAAAGUGUAAACCGUUGCACCGUCUCCUCCUCCUCCUCCCUAAAUGAUAGGGAGGCUUCAUAGCAGAGGAAAACAGGGGAAAACAUUGAUUGCUUAACAGCUCUGCAGUUCCUUUUUAUCAAUCAAAUAUACAGCAACAGAUGGCGACCAGUGCCAAGAGACCAUCCCUGCAGGGUCCUGUGCCACCUCCUCGCAAGAAGACAACCCCCAAACCAGAGCUGACCGAGGAGCAGAAGCAGGAGAUCAGGGAGGCCUUUGAGCUGUUUGACACCGAUGGAUCCGGAUUCAUCGAUGUCAAGGAGCUCAAGGUUGCGAUGAGAGCUCUGGGCUUUGAACCGAAGAAGGAGGAGAUCAAGAAGAUGAUUGGUGAGGUGGACAAGGACGGCAUAGGAAAAAUCUCCUUUGCUGACUUCCUCGCUGUCAUGACACAGAAAAUGGCUGAGAAGGACUCCAAAGAGGAGAUCCUGAAAGCUUUCCGCCUCUUUGAUGAUGACGAGACAGGCAAGAUCUCAUUCAAGAAUCUGAAGAGGGUAGCCAAAGAGCUGGGAGAGAACCUCACAGAUGAAGAGCUGCAGGAGAUGAUAGAUGAAGCAGACAGGGAUGGAGAUGGAGAAGUGAACCAGCAGGAGUUCCUGCGUAUUAUGAAGAAAACCUGCUUGUACUGAAGGAAGUGCAUGACAUAAUGGUUGGUGACGUGGAGGGGACCAGUGGUGGUUUUACAUGUAAUGCCGCUCAUAUAUCUACUUGUAUCUCAAAAUGUCCCUUAAUAAUGUGUUGUGCCAUACAUUUUCACUUACAAUGAGGUUUAACUGUCACAUACUACACUGAGAGGACACCGUUUAAGACUUGAGCACAAAGUCUGGUCAAAUGCCAAAUUAUCCUCCUUUUUAUUUACUUGAUAAUCUUCAUCACAUUUGCCAAAAACAGAAGAGAAAACUCUCCUUGUUGUUUGGAAUGCUGCAUACUUUUAUGAAGAAUACACUCAUGAUAUUAAUGAUAAUAUAUAGGUUAUUUGUUUCCAAGAAAAUUCUCAGUGCCUAAGUCAAUAUGGUGACAAGUACAUUCCAAUGCUUUGAUUAAUAAUACAGUUUGCGCGUCAUUCACCUUGUAGAUUGUUUGGUUUAUACUGGUAACUCCAGUGUUUCAUGUUUUUGGCUUUUGUAUGCUGGUUUUCCAGAGAAAUACAAUGUGAGCAGUUGGUUAACCGCUGAUGAUUGGGGAGCGCUGUCUCAUCUCAGUGCUACCUGUGGAUUUGUGCCUGUGCCUCUUUAAAGGGGGUGAUCAACACAAUCAGGGAAGCUGCCCGACCUCUCUCACCUGCACACCUUCCCGCUAUCUUUAAAAUCUGAUUGAUUGUGUAUGUAUUUUUCUCGUAGCAUUGAGUAUUUAUCCCUCUGUAUUCUUGAAUGUUUUGUAUAAUACAUAGUGACUUUAAUGAGUAGACAUACAGCAUAUAAGUGUUUAAG